UGUAGAAGAAAAAGAAAGACGAUAUUUGGCAUGUCUAGAUUUACUGAAAGGAUUACCUCAUUCAGACCUGGUUAAAAUAGGAGACAAUCCAGAAGUGAAGGCAUGGUCAUUUCAAGAUAAAUCAAGGGAGACGAUUCAUCUUGAUCUUCACAAAAUACAUCAUAAAAAGACAAGGGAGCUUACUCUAGAAUUCAUAGGAUUUUCUCAAAAACAGUCAAUAUCGACAUUAUUCGGAAUCUAUUUAAAAAAGAAAAAAUUACCACUUGCUGAAAUUAGUUUAGAUAUUUUGAAAAGAAGGAUAAUUCUUCGUUACCUAGGUAAAACAUCAUUCCAGAGGGUGACCUUGAACUUUGGUAAGGAAUUAGUAGACUGGAAGGUUUUAUCUGUGGUUUUAAGUGAAACACAUUUCACAGCGAGGCUAGGGUGUGAUGUGGAAAAAUCUAUAGCAUUGCCUCAAAGGUUACAGAAGAUCUCAAAGCGGGCAUUUGGUGUUUUGGCUAGUGACAAAUAUGGUGAUAAUAAAUUUCAUGGAGCACUGUUUCAGGCCAAGCUUUACACAUAUGCCAUCAAGAAAAGCCAACUGCUAUGUUCUCAACCAGCAAGUUUUUUAUUUGACGAGAGUGGUUACCUUGGCGAUGAAGCUAUUAAUGGGGACAGAAUUCUACUAUUGGAACAACAAAUUACCCUUCUCAACAAGCUUGUCGACUCUUUGAAACAACAGAAUACAGAACUAGGUAAGCGUAUAGCAGAAUUGGAGACAUGUUGUGACACAGAGUGUGAGUUUGAGGGUCAGAUGUUUGAAGAAGGGGACACCUGGAGUCCUGACAAAUGCACUGUUUGCAUCUGUAGAAAUAGUAAACCAGAUUGCCUUCAAAGAACAGAUAUACCAUCAUGUCAGACUCCAUGCCAGAUAAAUCCAUGCAUGAACUCGGGUCAGUGUGUUUCUUUCGAUACAACAUCAGCUGAUAAUUUCCAGUGUCUAUGUCAGCCACCUUACGAUGGUCAGUUUUGCGAUCACAAAGAGAACCCCUGUGUGUGGCCGCGUGAGUCGGGAAUCUGUGACCAAAAUCUGCUACGAUUUUAUUAUGAUGUAGAUCUACAAGAGUGCCUUCCCUUUAAUUACACAGGUUGUGGUGGAAACAUAAACAACUAUGAGUCAUUUGAGGAGUGUCAGGGUGUGGCCGUAACCGGGGCAUGCUGUUAUAGGCAGUUCUCACGCAAGAUUGAAGAUAUUAUGAUUGAUUCACAAAUGGAGACAUUUGGAUGCAAGGAAAUAACUUUAUCAGAAUGUCAGUCAACACACAGGCAGGUGGUUGGUGACAGAGAGUUUGAGGUGAUAUCAUUUUAUCCUGGGGUGACAUGUGACGUGGCUGGGUGCGGCCGGGGCGAAGCUGUGUGUAUGAUAGAUGACCGACGGUAUGAAAUCGGGGAGAAGGCAGUGUUGGGUUGCCAAGAAUGUACCUGUGAGAGCUCUGGCCAGUUUGUUUGCAGUUGUUCACAGAAAGCUGUCAGAAAAGAAAUUAGAGAUAUGACUGAACAAGAAUUGGCUCAGUUCCAUGCAGCAAUACAAGAGCUUCGUCUUGUUGGCCCGGAUAAUCCUUGGGAAGAAUUCCGUGAUAUAUACAUGAGGCACACUAUGCAUUCUAAUGGCGGUCCGUACUUCUUACCCUGGCAUAGAAUAUUCCUGCGUAAACUUGAACAACGUCUCCAGCAGAUUGACUGUAGUAUUACAUUACCUUACUUUGACUUUACAACAGAUAUUGGUAAUUUUGAGGAGUCGAUCAUCUGGCAGCCGAACUUCUUUGGUGGCAACGGGGUUGAUGGUUGUGUCGCUGAUCAUCCAUUUGGUCCUACCGGAUCCUGGAGACCAUGUAUCAUGAGGAAAUUCAAUUCUGACGUUAACCUUCCGACACUGAUAGAACUAUCUAUCGCCCUCGCAAGUGAUGAUUACAAUGAAAUGAGUAUGUGCCUGGAGUCGUAUGUAUCGUAUAUUCACACAUACAUUGGAGGCGAUAUGGCAACACGUGCUGCGUCUUACGAUCCAGUGUUUUACUCGAUUCACGCCUACAUAGACAUGCUGUACUGGUGGUGGCAAAAUAAGGACGGCAACAAAUUCAAAUAUCCCGCUACAUUUGCCAAUAUUCCCAUGGUCCCCUUAAAAUAUCCCCCAAGUUCUCCAUGCAAUGUCACCUUGGAUGGUCGGGAUAAUGGCAGAAAUCCACCAAGAGGGGAUGUAACUCCAGAAGGAUCAGGAACAUUCACUGGAGGAUUUAACUCCCUUGGUUAUAAUGCUGGUGGCUAUGACAGAAGAGGCUUUGAUAAAAUGGGAUUCAAGAAGAACGGAUAUAACAGGGAUGGAUUUAAUAAGGAUGGAUAUGACAUUGACGGAUAUGAUCGUUAUGGUUACGACAUAGACGGUUAUGAUCGAUAUGGUUAUGAUGUCGAGGGUUGGAGUAAAGAAAACACACCAGAUGAAACCGGAAGAUACAACGCGUAUGGUUUAGACAUGAAUGUUUGGACAGGAGGGGUAGUGAUUUGA